GAUCUGUACAAGGACAUCAUGAUGGAGAAUCACCAGUCCCUCACAUCACCAGAUGGAUCCAGUCAGAGAAAUCCACCAGAGAGAUGUCCCAGUCCUCAGUAUUCCCAGGACUGUCCAGAGGAGAAACCGAAUAUCCCACUGGAUCAUCAGGAAAGUUCUGGUGAAACGACGAGUAGACUUGAAAAACCCAUCUCGGUGUCUGUAAAUGUGGAAGACCGGAUGAGAGACUCCUAUGGACAUCUUCAUUUAUCUUCCCAUCAUGAAGCAGAAGAUAACAAUAUCACACAUGAUGAUUCAAUAACUCCUAAUGUACCCUCAGUCUUUCACAGCAGAGAUCUAUCCACUGAUACUGCUGGUCACAAGAAACCUUCAUCUAAGCAAUUACUGAUUGGCAAAACAAGAACUAAACAGAAAUGUGGGAACAUUUUUUCUAGUCGGAAACAUUUUAAAAAGAAAUCUACUCUUUUUUUGCAUGAGAGAAAUAGCAGAGAUAAUGGGUCAUUUUCAUGCUUGACUUGUGGAAAAUCAUUUAGCAUGAAAUCCAUUCUAGUUAGACAUCAGAGAACUCACACAAGGGAGAAUCCAUAUUCAUGUCCUGAAUGUGGGAAAGGCUUUAACAAUCAAUCAACUUUUAUUCUGCAUCAGAGAACUCAUACAGGGGAGAAGCCAUUUUCAUGUCUUGAAUGUGGAAAGUGCUUUAGUCAGAAAUCACAUCUUGUUACACAUCAGAGAACUCACACAGGGGAGAAGCCAUUUAUGUGUUGUGAAUGUGGGAAAUGUUUUAGUCACAAAUCAAGUCUUGUUAAACACCAUAGAAGUCACACAGGGCAGAAGUCAUUUUCAUGUCUUGAAUGUGGAAAAUCUUUUAGCAUGAAAUCCAUUCUAGUUAGACAUCAGAGAACUCAUACAGGGGAGAAGCCAUUUUCAUGUCUUGAAUGUGGAAAGUGCUUUAGUCAGAAAUCCAUUCUAGUUAGACAUCAGAGAACUCACACAAGGAAGAAUCCAUAUUCAUGUCCUGAAUGUGGGAAAGGCUUUAACAAUCACUUACAUUUUAUUCGGCAUCAGAGAACUCACACAGGGGAGAAGCCAAUUAUGUGUCUUGAAUGUGGUAAGUAUUUUGGUGCGAAAUCAAUGCUUAUAAAACAUGUAAUAAGUCACAUAGGAGAGAAGCCAUUUUCAUCUUCAGAAUGUGUUAAACCUUUUAGCCAGAAAUCCCAUGUUGAGGAACAUGAAAAACUCCACUUAGAGGAGAAGCCAUUUUUAUGUUUACAAUGUGGGAAAUGCUUUAAGACUCAGUCAAGUUUUUUUCGGCAUCAGAGAACUCAUACAGGGGAGAAGCCAUUUUCAUGUCUUGAAUGCGGAAAGUGCUAUAGUCGAAAAUCUAUUCUUGUUACCCAUCAGAGAACUCACACAGGAGAGAAGUCAUUUGUGUGUCCUGAAUGUGGGGAGUGUUUUGAUGUGAAGUCGUUUCUUAUACAACAUCAAAGAAUUCACACAGGGGAGAAGCAAUUUUCAUGCUCAGAAUGUGAGAAAUGUUUUAGUAAGAAAUACAAUCUUGUUAGACAUCAGAGAACUCACACAAAGGUGAAGCCAUUUUCAUGUCUUGAAUGUGGGAAAUGUUUUCAUAGUCAAUCAAAUUUUUCUGAGCAUCAGAAAUCUCAUACAGGAGAGAAGCCAUUUUCAUGUAUUCAAUGCGGAAAAUACUUUAGUUCGAAAUCAAAUCUUGUUACACAUCAGAAAACUCACACAGGAGAGAAGCCAUUUGUGUGUCCUGAAUGCGGGAAAUGUUUUGGUAAGAAAUCAAAUCUUGUUACCCAUCAGAGAACUCACACAGGAGAGAAGCCAUUUGUGUGUCCUGAAUGUGGGAAGUGUUUUGAUGAGAAGUCAUUUCUUAUACGACAUCAAAGAAUUCACACAGGGGAGAAGCCGUUUUUAUGUUCAGAAUGUGGGAAAUGUUUUAGUCAAAAAUCACAUCUUGUUACACAUCAGAGAACUCACACAGGGGAGAAGUCAUUUUCAUGUCUUGAAUGUGGAAAGUGCUUUAGUCAGAAAUCGUAUCUUGUUAUACAUCAGAGAACUCACAUAGGAGCAAAUCGGAGAACUCAAAUAGGAGAGAUGCCAUUUAUGUGUCCUGACUGUGGGAAGUAUUUUACGUUGAGAUCAAGGCUUAACUAUCAUCUAAGAAGUCACACAGGGGAGAAGCCAUUUCCAUGUCUUGAAUGCGGAAAAGGUUUUAGUCAUAAAUCACAUCUUGUUAGACAUCAGAGAAAUCACACAGGGGAGAAGCCAUUUAUGUGUUCUGAAUGUGGGAAGUAUUUUACAGCGAGAUCAAGGCUUAACUAUCAUCUAAAAAGUCACACAGGGGAGAAGCCAUUUCCAUGUCUUGAAUGCGGGAAAUGUUUUGUUCAGAAAUCACAUCUUGUUAGACAUCAGAGAAGUCACACAGGGGAGAAGCCAUUUAUGUGUUCUGAAUGUGGGAAGUGUUUUGGUGUGAAAUCAGUGCUUAUAAAACAUGUAAGAAGUCACAUACAGUAAGAGAGACGCCAUUUUAAUGUUCAGAAUGUGGGAAAUGUUUUAGCCAGAAACCAAAUCUUGUAAAACAUCUAAGAACCCACUUAGGAGAGAAGCCAUUUUCAUGUCUUAAAUGCGGUAAAUCUUUUGGUAUAAAGCAAAUCUUAUUAGACAUCAGAAAUGUUUAACCUGUCAAGCAAGUGUUGUUCGACAUCACAGAACUCACAACAUAUAGGAGAAGCCACAUUUAUGUGGAAAAUUUGGCAAGUCUUUUAUUCAGAAAUCAAGUCUUGCUAAACAUGAGAGAAUUCACUUAGAAAAGAAGCCAUUGUAAUGUUCAGAUUGUAAGACAUGUGAGAGAUGUGGAGCUUCAUUGUGAGAUCUGCUGCCUAAUCAUGUAUUCUGUAUAACUUAAAACGGUUGUCCAGUUUCACAUAUUAAUGACCUAGGGAGGAUAUCAUGGACAUCUUUGCAUGUGAUCAAACCCCCUUCCACCAUCAAUCAGACAGCAUACCGUAUUUUUCGCCCCAUAAGACGCACUUUUUCUCCCCCCAAAAUGGGGGGAAAAUGCCCCUGCGUCUUAUGGGGCGAAUGCUGCCAGCUUUACAUCGCAAA